AUGUCGUCGCCGGUGGCAGCGGCGUUGCUUUUGAUCUCUCUAUUAUUGGUGGAGGUUGGAGGAGUUUUUAUUAGAUACAAUACGACCGCCGGCGUCGUCGACGGAAAGCUCAAUGUUCACCUGGUUCCUCACACUCAUGAUGAUGUUGGGUGGUUGAAGACAAUCGAUCAGUAUUACGUCGGCUCUAAUAAUAGCAUACAGGGUGCUUGUGUGAAUAACGUGCUGGACUCUUUGGUGGUGGCGUUGCUCAAAGAUCCAAAUAGGAAGUUUGCUUAUGCCGAACAGGCUUUUUUCCAAAGAUGGUGGGCUGAACAAAGUGAUAUGAUGCAAGAAGCGGUCAAAAAAUUAGUAGAUUCUGGCCAGUUGGAAUUCGUAAAUGGUGGCUGGUGCAUGCAUGAUGAAGCUGCUACACACUAUAUUGAUAUGAUUGAUCAAACUACUCUUGGUCAUCUUAUGAUAAAGAAACAGUUUAACCAUAUUCCUCGAAUUGGUUGGCAGAUUGAUCCUUUUGGACAUUCUGCCGUGCAAGGCUACUUAUUAGGAUCCGAGCUUGGUUUUGAUGCUGUAUUCUUUGCAAGGAUUGACUACCAGGAGAAAAAAAAACGUAAAGUGGACAAAUCUCUUGAAGUCAUUUGGCGUGGUUCAAGAACUUUUGGUUCAUCCUCCCAGAUUUUUGCGGGUGCUUUUCCUGAUCUUUACGGCCCUCCAGAAGGAUUUUAUUUUGAAAUGGAUUAUUACGACUCUCCUGUCCAAGAUGAUCCUCAUCUCGAUGUUUACAAUGUUAACGAGCGUGUAAAUGAUUUUAUUGAUGCUGCUCUGGUUCAAGCUAACGUGACUCGCACAAAUCAUAUUAUGUGGACAAUGGGUGAUGAUUUUGCGUACCAGUAUGCUGAAUCUUGGUUCAAGGAAAUGGACAAGUUUAUCAAUUAUGUAAACAUGGAUGGCCGUAUCCAUGCACUGUAUUCCACACCAUCAAUCUAUACUGAUGCAAAAUAUGCUUCAAAUGAAGCAUGGCCGCUGAAAACAGAUGACUAUUUACCAUAUGCCAAUGCUCCCAAUGCUUAUUUUACUGGCUAUUAUACUAGCCGACCAACAUUCAAGAGAUUUGUUCGUGUGUUAAGCGCUUAUUACCUGGCUGCAAGACAACUAGAGUUUCUGGUAGGAAGGAAAGCUGGUUUAACCACCUUUUCUUUAGGUGAGGCUUUGGGUGUUGCUCAGCACCAUGAUGCUAUCUCUGGUACUUCACUACUGCACGUAACAAAUGACUAUACAAAGCGUCUUGCAUAUGGAGCUUCUCAGGUUUGCAUCUUUUGCUUAAGCAAUCUCCAACCAAACUCCAAAUGCAUGAAUAGCGUCGCUCGAGAGCUUCAGCCGAACGGCAAAACUUCCGCAAUUUGGUUACAGGUGAACAGUGCGAUGCCAAUAUUAACAUUGCACUAUUCACCUCCACUAUUUUUAUGUCUCUGCCGGCUUUGCCAAAGAAACGCUGAGAUAGUUGUCAACCGUGCUAUUCCUUGUCUUCUUACUCCGGAUGAGAAUUGUGACUCCAGUACAUCAUCAAUUAAGUUAAGCCAGUGCAAUUUGCUCAAUAUAAGUUACUGCCCACCUACAGAAGAAAUUUCAGAUGGGAAGAGUUUAGUAAUAGUAGUUUAUAAUUCUCUUGGAUGGGAUCGUAUGGAGUAUGUUAAGGUUCCAGUUAAUGAUAACGAGCUUGUUGUACGUGAUGCUAAUGGCAAUUCUAUCGAGUCUCAAGUUAUUGAGAUGGACAAUACUACUGCGAAUAUAAGAGAUUUUUAUGUCAAGGCAUACCUUGGAGAGCUGCCAAAGGAUUCCGCAAAGUUCUGGCUUGUAUUUAAAGUACUUGUGCCACCACUGGGAUGGAAUACCUAUUAUAUAUCAAAAGCAACUAAGAAAGAAAGCACUUCAGAGAGCCUUAUCUCAACUAUAUCAUCAGCUGAUGAUGAAACAGUGGAGAUAGGACCUGGGCCUCUUAAAAUAAGCUUCUCGUCAACUUCUGGGAAACUGAAAAGAGUGGUGAACCACAGAACAGGAGUUGAUUUACUUGUGCAACAAAAUUAUCUCUGGUAUGGUUCUAGCCCUGGUGAUAAACAAGAUCCUCAGGCAUCUCAUGCUUACAUUUUCCGGCCUGAUGGUAGACCUCCUACAGCUUCUUCGGGAUUGGUAGCUAUGAAAGUGGUAAGGGGAUCCUUAGUUGAUGAAGUCCAUCAACAAUUUAACUCAUGGAUAAAUCAGGUCACAAGAAUAUACAAGGACAAGGAAAUUGUUGAAUUUGAAUAUACUAUUGGCCCAGUCCCAACUGAUGGGGUUGGAAAAGAGGUCAUUACUCGUUUGACAACCAGUAUGGCCACGAACAGGACAUUUUAUACCGACUCCAAUGGAAGGGAUUUUCUAAAACGGGUGCGAGAUCACAGAGACGAUUGGAACCUUACAGUGAAUCAACCUGUUGCAGGAAAUUAUUACCCGCUCAACCUGGGAAUGUAUAUAGAAGAUAAGAACUAUGAGUUGUCUAUUCUUGUAGACCGGGCUUGUGGAGGCUCUAGCAUUCAGGAUGGUCAAUUGGAAAUCAUGCUUCAUAGGCGUAUAGUUGAUGUUGAAGGAAGUUUUCUUGGAGAAGCACUUAAUGAGACAGUUUGUGUGGAUGAAGUUUGUCAGGGUCUCACGGUUAGGGGAACUUACUACAUGAGCGUCAAUCAAUUAGGACAUGGAGCACAGUGGCGGCGGACAAAUGGUCAACAGAUAUACUCUCCUCUUCUUUUAGCAUUCGCAAAUGAGGAUGAGAGAAAUUGGAAAUCUUCACAAAUCUCGAAAGCCACUUCUAUGGAUCCUACUUACAGUUUACCUCCUAAUGUUGCACUCAUCACACUCGAGGAAUUAGAUGAUGGCACUGUGCUCCUGCGUUUGGCUCAUUUAUAUGAGGCUGGUGAGGAUGUCCAGAAUUCAGUACUGGCUAAGGUGGAAUUGAAGAAGAUCUUUGCACAAAAAAAUAUUAAGGAACUAAAAGAAACAAGCUUAUCAGCAAAUCAAGAUAAGGCAGAGAUGAAGAAAUUGAAUUGGAGAGUUGAAGGUGACAGUGGAGAUAAUCCAACUCCAAUUAGAGGAGGUCCAGUGAACAAUUCCACCCUCGUUGUGGAGUUAGGGCCUAUGGAAAUUCGCACUUUCCUCUUGAAAUUCUAAACGUAUGUGUGGGAAAGCAAUUGCAGUU